UGAGGACGUAGAUUCAGCUUCCAGGUUUCAGCAACAAUGGCGGCAGCGGUUAGAUUUUUACUGAAAAGCGCAGCUUGUUCUAAAGCUUCUAACGUUACCAAUGGCGUGCACAGCGGUUUGGGACCAGCGUCGCUUCGACUGUCACCUAAAUGUGACCCACACUCGAGAACACAGACACGACAUGCAGCUCACUUCACCUUCCAAGCUGACCCAACUCCUACAGAGUAUGGCCAAACCCAGAAAAUGAAUCUGUUCCAGUCUAUAACAAGUGCCUUGGAUAACACUCUAUCUAAGGACCCGACUGCAGUCAUCUUUGGAGAAGAUGUUGCCUUUGGUGGUGUCUUCAGGUGCACCGUUGGUCUGAGAGAUAAAUAUGGUCAAGACAGGGUCUUCAAUACUCCAUUGUGCGAGCAAGGAAUUGUGGGCUUCGGUAUUGGAAUUGCAGUAACUGGUGCGACUGCAGUUGCUGAAAUCCAGUUUGCUGACUACAUCUAUCCUGCCUUCGACCAGAUUGUAAAUGAGGCUGCUAAAUACCGUUAUCGCUCUGGGAACCUGUUUGACUGUGGGAGUUUGACAAUCCGAGCACCCUGGGGUUGUGUGGGCCAUGGAUCCCUGUACCACUCCCAGAGUCCAGAGGCCUUCUUUGCACAUUGUCCUGGAGUUAAGAUUGUUAUUCCAAGAAGCCCAGUUCAAGCUAAAGGGCUGCUGCUGUCGUGCAUUGAGGACAAGAACCCCUGCAUAUUCUUUGAGCCAAAAAUCCUCUACAGGGCUGCAGUUGAACAAGUCCCAGUGGAACCAUACCACAUCCCCCUGUCUCAAGCUGAGGUACUGCAAGAGGGAAGCGAUGUUACACUUGUUGCCUGGGGUACUCAGGUUCAUGUUAUGAGGGAGGUGGCAAAUAUGGCCCAAGAAAAGCUAGGAGUAUCCUGUGAACUCAUCGACCUGCAGACGAUUUUGCCUUGGGAUACAGACACAGUCUGUAAGUCAGUUGCUAAGACUGGGAGACUUUUGGUCAGCCAUGAAGCUCCAGUAACAGGCGGAUUUGCAGCUGAGAUCAGUUCUACAGUCCAGGAGGAAUGCUUUCUCAAUCUUGAGGCCCCCAUUGCUCGAGUGUGUGGAUAUGACACCCCGUUCCCUCACAUUUUCGAACCUUUCUACAUCCCAGACAAGUGGAAAUGCUUUGAGGCUGUAAAAAAGAUGAUCAAUUACUAAUUUUAAAAGAAAUGCGGGAUAGCUUCAGGGAUGAUCUCGUCUGGAAAACCACAAUCGCCCAAGGAACAGCACUACCUACUGACAGAAAUAAUCUAUCUCACAGCUGACAAAACAGUUUACCAAACUGGAAACAAGUGCCUGGCAUCUUCGUUUUCCCUUUCUUUUACUCCAAAUUGAAGUGAGUUUAUAUUGUCUGGCUCACAAACCACUGAGUAGACUGAAGGGCAAGUUUAUGCACACACUUUUCAAUGUGUACACUGUAACUUAUUAACGUGUCGGUGACAUCUCUGUGUUAAGAGAGUGGGUUUUAAUUAAAUAAAAUGUUCUGUCUUAAAACGGGAAACGUGUCCUCUUUAUUUACUUUGAAA